AUGCAAACAGCAUCAGUUGCUAUAUCGGGUCCGGCACUACCAAAAGCAAGAUUCAAUUGGAUAUUUUCCGCCGAUAAAUUUACUUCAACACCAUCAAAUCGAAAUGGUAUAAAACCUGAAGAAGAAUUAGCAUUGAGACAGCAAGCUGCUGUCUUCAUCUAUGAGUUAGGAACCAAUUUGAAAGUUCCACAUUAUUGUAUUAAUACAGCAGUUGUUUAUAUGCACCGAUUUUACAUGAUCAAUUCAUUUCAACGGUUUACUCGUCAAAGAAUAUGUGCGGCUUCGUUAUUUCUGGCCUGCAAAGUCGAAGAAUUUCCUCGUACAUUACGAGAUGUAAUUGAAAAUACAGGAAAAGUAUUGCGAAGAAAAAAAGCGGAAGAACUUACGAAAGAAAUGAUUGAACAGUACGCGGAAGAUAUUGUUUUACAUGAAAAUAUUCUUCUUUCGACGUUGGGAUUUUCAUUAAUGGUUGAUCAUCCACAUCCAAUUAUUAUUAAAACCAUUCAAGCACUCGGAAGUCAAAUUCAGUCGUUACCAGAAAAAACGCCUCGUGAACUUGCACAGACGGCUUAUUAUUUAGCGACGAAAAGUAUUUUACUUACGUCAUUUUGUGUCAAAUAUCCACCUGAUCUUGUUGCCUGUUUUUGUAUACAUUUGGCUGCUGCUUGGCUUAAAAUAGAAAUUCCUUCGCCAGCACCAAUAGCAACACCUCGCAAUGGGUCUGAAAGUACAGGAACGGAAAAUACAUCAAAUAAACGUUGGUUUCAUCUAGUUAAUGAAGCAUUCACGGAGAAACAACUUGGAGAACUGGCUGAUGAAUUUCUGGCUAUCUAUGAAAAAUGUCCCGAUAAAAUCAAGAAAAAACUUGUUUAUCAAAACGAACGACAACCACAGUCAACCUCAAAUGAUGGUGCAUCAUCAUCGACUAGUAAUGUACCACCUCGUCUUACAGAUUUAGCUGACAGUGUUGUACCACAAGGUGCUUUUCGUGAUAAAAUUGAACAUCGACAAAACCAAACAUCAGCGCAAACUAAUCGUCCAGCACAACCACUGCCACCACCCAUUCCUUCUCAAUCUCAGUCAUCAUCUAUGCCUAUUAAACGGGAACCCACAGCAGCUCCAUCAUUUUCAUCAUCGAAUCGUCCACCAAUGCCACCACAUAAUGCGAUGUCAUCAUCUCGGCCUCAAUCAUUUCAACAUCCACCGAAUUCUCAUUAUCAAAACCAUCAUAACACAAACAAUAAUAAUUACAAUCAACAAUCUCGUUAUCCACAACAACAAGCGCGACCUGGACCACCACCACCACCUCCAAAUCGAUCAUCACAACCACCACCACUUCCACCUCCUCAACAUGUUGUGGAUCGUAAACCACCACCACCUGUGCAUUCAUUUGAUCAUCCUGCUCCACCACUGCCACCACCACCACCACCACCACCAUCAGCAUCUUCAGCAAAUCGGCCACCCUAUGGUGCACAACCACGCGGUAGUCAUUAUAAUAAUGUUCCACCACCAGCGAAUCCUUAUCCUCAACAACCACCUUAUGGACAUAAUCAUCCACCUUCACUGAUGCAUAUUGGUGGCGAAAAACGUCCUUAUGAUCCAGCAUUUGAUCCUAACAAUAAUAAUAAUAAGCGGCCCCGACCAUCGUCUUCCUCAUCAUCAUCAUCGCAACAAUGGAACAAUAAAUAG